AUGUUGACUGUAGACAAGGAAGAAGCAGAGAGAGAGAGCCCUAAGUUUAAGUGGGUUGAUGUAGGUCUCAAUCUGACAGAAGAAGAAGACGAGGCCAUCACUCGAAUUCCCAUUAACAUGUCAAAACGUUGCCAAGCGCUUAUGAAGCAGAUUAUAUGCUUCUCGACCCAAAAGGGUAGUUUUUGCCAUCUCUUAGCUGCUUGGGUCAGGAGGAUGAAACCCAUUAGAGCUGACUGGCUUUCUCUGCUUAAAGAGUUGAAGAAUCUUGACUCUCCCUUUUAUAUCAAGGUGGCUGAGUUUUCGCUACUCGAGGAUUCCUUUGAAGCAAACCCCCGGGAUUAUACCAAGAUCAUCCAUUACUAUGGGAAGCUAAACCAAGUUUCAGACGCUGAGAAAACUCUUGUUGCUAUGAGAAAUCGAGGCUUUCUCGUUGAUCAAGUCACCCUAACUGCGAUGGUUCAGUUGUACAGCAAGGCAGGGUAUCACCAAUUGGCUGAAGAAACUUUCAACGAUAUCAAACUGCUCGGGGAACCACUAGACUAUCGAUCUUACGGUUCCAUGAUUAUGGCCUACAUAAGAGCAGGCGCUCCCGAGAAAGGAGAGGCUUUACUCAGAGAAAUGGACUCUCAAGAAAUCUGUGCGGGGAAAGAAGUUUACAAGGCACUGUUGAGAGCCUACUCUAUGGGUGGAGACGCCCAAGGAGCCAAUCGGGUUUUCAGUGCAGUUCAAAUCGCGGGGAUUACUCCUGACGUAAAGCUCUGUGGACUGCUCAUAAACGCAUACACUGUCUUGGGGGAGAGCCAGAAUGCGCGUUUGGCAUUUGAGAAUAUGAGAAAAGCGGGGAUCAAAGCUACAGAUAAGUGCGUGGCACUUGUAUUGGCUGCGUAUGAAAAGGAAGAGAAGCUGAAUGAAGCAUUAGGGUUCUUGGUUGAGCUUGAGAAAGAGUCUAUAAUGGUUGAGAAAGAAGCUUCUGCUGUGCUGGCUCGGUGGUUUAAGAAGCUUGGUGUCGUUGAACGAGUUGGGUUACUUCUCAAUGAGUUUUCAGCUGCCCAGUCGUUGAACAUAUGA